ACAGUGUAAUUGCGCCUCAGUAAGGUCUGCUUCGUGCCACGUGAGCAGUUUUGUUAAGAUUUCUUCCGUUUUGAGAGCAAUUAAUUGCAACGGCAAUGGAGGCUUACAUCAUAUUAUACCUUUGUUCUUUGGGAUCAAGCCUUGGGUAUCUUCUGGAUAGCCAAAGUGCCAAUCAAAAUGACUCGUUGAUUCUGCAGCUGCAGCAGGACGUCAAGAAGAUGCAAGAUGAGCACGUCCAGACAAGCGUUGAGAUGAAGGAUUUUGCCCUGAAGUUGAAAGAGAAAGACAUACUUAUUGAAUAUCUCCUGAAGCAACAUCUAAGUCAACAGGACAUUAUUAACAACAUGACAAUGAAAUCUGACCAACAGGACAUAGUGUUGAGGAACUUAACGGCAGAACUUUCCCAGCAGAAAUUUGCAAAACUGGAGAAAGAAGUUGCGUUUCUUGCUCGCUUUUCUCAACCAAGGCCGUCGUUCUGGAAUCGAACUAUAGCUCGCAACGGACCAAUCAUAUACGAUGACAUCACAGUGAACUUCGGACAAGGCUUCAACCAAACAACAGGUAUCUUCACGACUCCUGUUGGUGGACUGUACGUUUUCCAGUUGACCUCUCUGGCCGAGAGCUACCUGGCCAUUAAUCUCUUUGCGGGUGGUGCACUGUACGGAACUUCCUCGGGACUACAGGGUGCACAAGGGUCUGUUCAAACUGUCGUCAGAUUGAAUGCUGGCCAAACGGUGUUGACGCAACUAGCACAGGGAACUGGAACCCUGGUUGGGUCACGGGGGUACACGCAGUUUUCUGGCGUUUUGUUGCACAGCUACUGAUGAUGCACCUUAGUGAAUACACAAAUGCAACCAUGAA